AGCACCGAGGAUGUUAAUAUACAGACCCAGCCAUGGAAAGGGUGGACUUUGACUAAGAAGACCCAGACUCUGGCUAAGAAACAGGCCCAGACACAAGUCAAGUGCAGUCAGAAAGAUGCACUCAGGACCAAUGCAGGGCUGCCCUCUUCACCCAGCUCUAAUGGACCUCCAGUCCAGCCUGUUAUCCAGUGCAUCAAAGUCCAGGGAAAGGCAGUUGGUGUGAGAUCUGCUAGUGUGACUGGAGCUACGGCUGGGAUGACUGAGGGAGAGCAGGCUAAUACAUCACAGAAAAGGGCCUCUACCAAGCCUCGGACCGUUAUGAGAGUCAGAGAGCCAGAAGACUCCCUCAAGCCAGCAACCAGCGGUACGUCCAGGGGGCAGGAAGAUGUUCCCAAGUCAGCCCGCAGCAGGAGGACCGGGGGGCAGAAGGAUGUUCUAAAGCCAGAGAGCUGCAUCAGUAAAUCCAUGGUGCCGACUGUUCCUGGUGUUUGUUCCCGACAGUUCCGAGGCAGAGGUAGAAUUAAAGACGAUUUCAGACCCGAGGUGAAGAGGGGAAAUGAGAUCCAGUCUGCUUCCUUUGGGAGGGUUUUGGAAGAAGUAACAAACACUCCAACCUCUAAGGCUCCUGUCACCAACACAGUGCAGUUUGACAUUGUCACCCCUAAGUGUGAGAGAAAAGUUUUUCCCUCUGGAAUUCCAGACGAUAAACCAGAGACUGAAAGUAUCCCCAUAGAUCUAACAGAUAGGGCUGUUAGUCAGGAUUUUACAGUUGAAGGCAUCAAGGUGCAGAGGUGCUGCACACAGAAGAGGAGGGCAGGCAGUAGGGCCGCUCAGAGAAGGCAGAGGGCUAAAGACCAGAAACUCAGCACCAGAGGUUUGGACUGUCCUGUGUGUGGGCAGGAGCUACUUCCCCCAAGUGAGGGUCCAUCCCAGUGUCGAUGCCUCCCACCCAGGCCCCCACAGCCUCACGACUCCCCGUCUCUGGUGGUGGUGCAGAGUGUUCCAGCCCUGCAGUCUCUUAGAAGUAGUCUUAAAAUGUACAGGGAGAACAGCACCACAGCCUACAAUGCUAUCUGAGAUGGAGUGGAGUGCUCUGUGACCAGGCUUCUACAGUGUAGUAGAGGUUGUGCUUUCCAGAACCCCUCUGCUUCCAGUCUGGGACUGUGGUUGCAGCUGAGAUCCAGCAUCCAAAAGACCCCAGCCUUGUCCAGGUUAGUGUAGAGUUAGCAGGUUCUGUUUGUUAUCUAGCCAAUACUCCUCAUACAUACAGACCUAUUUAAAGUAAUAUCUCUUGCAAAUUAGCAUUUUCCUUGAAGAAAAUGUAUGGACAGAAAGACCAAUAUACAAGCGUUGUUUGCCACUCACCAAAUUACAAUAUUUGCUUUUUCCAACCAAAACCGAAUGAGAAUCAGUGUACCUCUAAAGAUUUGCCUUAAGAUCUAGUUGAAUCAGAACAAUAACCUGACCAACCUGACUCAUGACAAUAAAACAUGCAGUGAAAUUAAAGGCAGUCUUGAUAAAGAUGUGCAAAAAUGACUGUAUGAAAGAAAUAAUUGGGUUUUCAAUACAUUUUGUAUUUCACCAUGCUGAGAUAAUGGAACUGAGCCUUUAAGAAAAUGUAUGAGUCGUAGAUGCAUACA